AUGGACGAGAUCUCGAUCACGUGCACAUGGCGGCCACGCGAGCUUAUUGCGCCCGCGGUGGCUGAAGAAUUUGCGCGGGUCAAGUCUUCCUCGCGACCAAGUCCAAAGUACGAGCGUGCAGCGGUCUGCGUUUCUGCGGUGAUGGCUACUUCCAACGGUUUGACGCGGCAGCAGGUCGCCUCUGCGCAGCUCGACGGCAACUACAGCAUCCAGCCUGAAAAGGCGGAGCCGAAGCUCGACACUUCCCAAUGGCCCCUGCUGCUCAAAAACUAUGACAAGCUCCUCGUUCGGUCAAGCCAUUUCACCCCCAUCCCUUCCGGCUGCAGCCCGCUGAAACGCGACAUCACGCAAUACAUCAAGUCCGGGGUCAUCAACCUUGACAAGCCUUCCAACCCAUCCUCUCAUGAAGUCGUCGCGUGGCUGCGACGUAUUCUCCGAGUCGAGAAGACGGGCCACAGUGGUACCUUGGAUCCCAAGGUUACCGGUUGUCUCAUCGUCUGCAUUGAUCGGGCUACCAGGCUGGUCAAGUCGCAGCAGAGCGCAGGGAAGGAGUAUGUUUGCGUACUGCGUCUCCACAGUGCCCUCCCUGAUCCCACAGCACUCCCCCGCGCCCUCCAGACCCUCACCGGCGCCCUCUUCCAACGCCCUCCCCUCAUCUCCGCCGUGAAGCGGCAGCUGCGUAUCCGCACCAUUCACGAAUCCAAACUCCUCGAAUUCGACGAAAAGCGCAAUCUCGGCGUCUUCUGGGUCUCGUGCGAAGCCGGGACAUACAUCCGGACGUUAUGUGUGCAUCUGGGUUUGCUGCUGGGUGUGGGCGGGCAUAUGCAAGAACUGCGUCGUGUCCGAAGUGGGGCGAUGAGUGAGAACGAUGACAUUGUGACUAUGCACGACGUGCUGGACGCCCAAUGGCUUUACGACAACACAAGAGAUGAGUCGUAUUUACGACGUGUGAUCCGACCACUCGAGUGCCUAUUGGUGGGCUACAAGCGGAUCGUGGUCAAAGACAGCGCCGUCAACGCCGUCUGCUAUGGUGCCAAACUCAUGAUUCCGGGUCUGCUCCGAUACGAGGCAGACAUUGGAGUCAACGAGGAGGUCGUACUCAUGACGACAAAAGGCGAAGCCAUCGCACUAGCCAUCGCUCAGAUGUCCACCGUCGAGCUGGCGACAUGCGAUCACGGCGUCGUGGCCAAGGUCAAGCGGUGCAUCAUGGAGCGCGAUACCUACCCCCGGCGGUGGGGUCUCGGGCCCGUCGCGUCGACGAAGAAGAAGAUGGUCAAGGAGGGCAAGCUGGGCAAGCACGGAGAGAAGAUCGAAACUACACCCGCGGAGUGGAGUCGUGACUACGUCGACUACACGCGCGAGCAACCCGUCGCUGGGUCUUCGUCGACAGCACCUGCUGCCGCCGUCGUGCCAGUGCCCGCCUUUGUUCCUUCUGUUGCCACCGCCCAACCGGUUGAGGACGUCAGCCCGUCAAAAGACAAAUCCAAGAAGGACAAGAAGGAGAAAAAGCGAAAGCGGGAAUCAGUUGCAGGCGACGGUGACGUUUCGAUGGCCGUCGAAAAUGACGCCGACGAGGAUGAGGAGGCAGAGCGGAAGAGAAAGAAGAAGGAAGAGAAGGCUGCGAAGAAGGCUGCAAAGGAGGCGGACGCGGAAGCUGAGGAGGAUGACGAGGCAAAGAGGGAGAGAAAACGGCUCAAGAAAGAGAAGAAGGCAAGAGAGUCUAUGGCGGCGGCAGAGUAG